AAAUAAUCAAUUUGUAGUUGGUCUGAUCUGAACCAGUAUCAAUUAAUGGAUGCCAGGAAAGCCCAUAAAGCCUCCUCUUCAUCCUCACCAUCCUCCUCAUCAAAACGUUGGGAGUACCAAGUGUUCUUGAGCUUCAGAGGUGAAGACACACGCAAGGGCUUCACAGGCCACCUCCACGCCGCAUUAUCUGAUGCCGGAAUCCGCGCCUUUCUUGACGACAACGAGCUAAAAAGAGCGGAAUUUAUAAAAACCCAACUGGAGCAGGCAAUCAACGGGUCCAUGAUCUCCAUAAUUGUCUUCUCGAAGAGUUAUGCCGAUUCCGCUUGGUGUCUUGACGAGCUGGUGAAGAUCAUGGAGUGUAGAGAAAGAUUGGGGCAACAGGUUAUUCCAUUGUUCUAUAAUGUUGAUGCUUCAGAUGUCCGGAAACAAACUGGUAGUUUUGCACAAGCAUUUGAGAAACAUGAAGCGGGCAAACAUGAGAAAGAAAAGGUACUGCGAUGGAGAAAUGCUCUCAGUCAAGCAGCAGAUUUGUGUGGGGAAGAUCUUAAAAAUGCUGAUGGGCAUGAAGCAAAGUUUAUCAACAAAAUUCUUGGGGUGGUUAAUAAGCAGUUGUACAGCAAAUACCAAUUAGACAUCGAACACCUUGUUGGAAUUACUUCUCGGGUGAAGGUCUUGAGUAAUCACUUGGAUAUUGAAAAUUCAGGUUCUAAGGAUGUUGUUCGCAUGAUUGGUAUUUGGGGGAUGGGCGGCAUUGGGAAAACAACGCUUGCCAAAACCAUUUAUAACAAAUUUGAACGUAUCUUUGAAGGUAGGAGUUUCCUUGCAAACGUGAGGGAAGUAUUUGCAAACCAACGCAGUAAUGGUCUGGUUGGUUUGCAAGAACAACUUCUAAAUGAUAUCUUGAAAAGCGACGGCAUAAAGGUUGGCUCUGUUGCUAAAGGGAUCGAUAUGAUAAGAGAAAGACUUUGCUGUAAAAGAGCACUUGUCAUAAUUGACGAUGCAGAUGAUCUACAGCAACUAAAAGCAAUAGCUAGAGCUCGUGAUUGGUUUGGUCCUGGAAGUAGAAUUGUUAUAACAACAAGAAAUCAACAUUUGCUACACCAAGUUGGAGUGGAUAGCACAUAUAUGGCUCAAGCAAUGAAUGAAAAAGAAGCUCUAGAGCUCUUUAGUAGGCAUGCCUUCGAAAGUGGUUAUCCUAAUCAAGAAUAUCUCAACCUCUCAAACCGUGUAAUUCGUUACUGUCAAGGCUUGCCUCUAGCACUUGAAGUUGUGGGGUCUUUUUUGAUUAAAAGACCCAUAGCGGAGUGGGAAAGCCAUUUGGAGAAAUUGGAAAGAAGUCCUGAUGGAGAUAUUCAAAACAUACUCAGAAUAAGCUUUGACGGGCUACCUGAUCAUACAAACAGAGAGAUAUUCCUUGAUAUAUCUUGUUUCUUUAUUGGAAUGGACAGGGACUAUGUCACACAAAUAUUAGAUGGAUGUGGCUUUUCUGCAACGAUCGGAAUCAGUGUCCUCAUUGAACGGUGCCUUGUAACUGUUAGUGAGCAAAACAAGCUGAUGAUGCAUGAUUUGCUUCGAGACAUGGGAAGAGUGAUCGUUCGUGAAAAUGCCCGCGGUCACCCUGAAAAAUUUAGUAGAUUGUGGAAACAUGAAGACGUAACAGAUUUAUUGAGCGAUGAAUCUGGAACUGAAGAAAUUGAAGGAGUUGCUCUACAUUUGGAUUUGGAUGUAGAUUCGUAUCUACAUUCGGAUCUAGAUUUGGCUAGAUUCAGUGCACAAGCAUUUACCAACAUGAAAAAACUGAGGUUACUUCACCUCAGCAACGUAGAGCUCACUGGAGAGUACAAAGAUUUUCCCAAAAAGUUAAUAUGGUUGUGCUGGCAUUAUUUUCCUUUAGAGUCCAUACCAGAUGACUUUCCUAUGCAACCAAAACUAGUUGCUUUAGACCUGCACCAUAGCAAACUCAAAAUAGUUUGGAAGGAUUGCAAGUUGCAUCAGAAUUUGAAAAUCCUUAAUCUCAGUCGUUCCUAUAGGCUAGCAAAAUCACCAGACUUUUCAAAACUCCCAAAUCUCGAGGAAUUGAUAUUGGAAUCCUGUCGGAGGUUGUCUGAGGUUCACUCAUCCAUCGGGGAUCUUGGAAGACUUUCUUUGGUAAAUCUUGGAUUCUGCGGAAUGCUAAAGGAUCUCCCACUGAAUUUCUAUAAAUCCAAGUCUAUUGAAACUCUUCUGCUCAAUGGUUGUACAAGUUUUGAAAAGUUGGCUGAGGGCUUAGGGGACAUGGUAUCAUUGACAACUCUGAAAGCGGAUUCCACAGCCAUCAGACAAAUUCCAUCUUCCAUAUUACAAUUGAAGAAACUGAAAGAUUUAUCUUUAUGUCAUGUGGGUGGGUCGCCAUCAACAACUCUUUUGCCUCCUUCAUUGCAAAGUUUAAGCUCUUUAAGAGCAUUAGCUCUUGCAAGCUGGCGUUUAACUGAUGAUGCGUUCCCCAAGGAUCUCGGUAGCCUAAUUUACUUAGAAAAUUUAAAUCUUGCAACCAAUGACUUUUGCAGCCUACCAAGCCUCAGUCGUCUUUCAAGGCUUCAUGAUUUGUCUUUAAUUAACUGCAAAAAUCUUCGUGCAAUCCCAGAUUUACCAACAAAUUUGAAAGUCUUAAAAGCAUAUGGCUGCAUUGCAUUGGAAAAAAUGCCAGAUUUUUCAGAAAUGUCAAAUAUAAGAGAAUUGUAUCUACCUGAUUCGGGGAAACUCACUGAGAUUCCAGGCCUGGAUAAGUCAUUAAACUCCAUGACAAGGAUUCAUAUGGAAAAGUGCACUAAUCUCACUGCCGAUUUUCGGAAGAACAUCCUACAGGGAUGGACUUCUUGUGGAUAUGGUGGCAUUUUUCUCAGUGGGAAUGAUAUUCCUGAUUGGUUCCACUGUGUCCAUGACAAUGAUAUUGUCAUUAAAAACAUGACCGAGGGUAAUGAGCUUGUCGCCAGGAUCUUACCCAAUUAUCCAAAUAAGGGUUAUUAUCUUUGGCAGGGACAGUUAUCAAAUGACGAGCUCAAAUUGCAAGACGGUGAUAAAGUCUUGAUUGAAAUAAUAGUGGAGCCAGAUAAUUGGAUGAAGGCGGAGGUGAAGAAAACAGGUGUUAGUCUGGUAUGGGACAAAUUUAUGAACGAAAAUAUGCUUGAUUACCAUCUUCAUUUACCAACCAAUUUGUCUGUUCUGAAAGCAAAUGACUGCCCAGAAUUGGAAACAAUUCCAGAUUUUUCAAAAAUGUGGAAUAUGAGAGAAUUGUAUCUAAGUGAUUCGUUCAAACUGACUGAGGUUCCAGGCUUGGAUAAGCCAUUAAACUCCAUGAGGAUUCAUAUGGAAGGCUGCACCAAUCUGACUGCCGAUUUUAGGAACAACAUCCUACUGUUCAAGUCUAUUGAAACUCUUACACUGAAUGGUUGUCGGAGAUUUGAAAAGUUGGCUGAUGGCUUAGGGGACAUGGUAUCAUUGACAACUCUGAAAGCGGAUUACACAGCCAUCAGACAGAUUCCAUCUUCCAUAUUAAAAUUGAAGAAACUGAAAGCUUUAUCUUUAUGUGAUGUGAAAGGGUGGCCAUCAACAAAUCGUUUGCCUCCUUCAUUGCAAAGUUUAAGCUCUUUAAGAGAAUUAGCUCUUACAAACUGGAGUUUAACUGAUGAUGCAUUCCCUAAGGGUCUCGGUAGCCUAAUUUCCUUAGCAAAUUUAGAUCUUGCAAGCAAUGACUUUUGCAGCCUACCAAGCCUCAGUCGCAUUUCACAGCUUCAAGAUUUGUCUUUAAAUAAGUGCAAAAAUCUUCAUGCAAUCCCAGAUUUACCUACAAAUUUGAAGGUCUUAAAAGCAGAUGACUGCAUUGCAGUGAAAAAAAUGCCAGAUUUUUCAGAAAUGUCAAAUAUAAGAGAACUGUAUCUACGUGAGUCGGGCAAAAUCACUGAGAUUCCAGGCCUGGAUAAGUCAUUAAACUCCAUGACAAGGAUUCAUACGGAAAAGUGCACUAAUCUCACUGCUGACUCCAAUAUGGCGUUGCCGGUUCUAUUGCAACAUUAUAGAACCGACGCAAUGACCAGUCAAAGAACGCCGAGUUAUACUCCUAUGAGAUCUGGUUAG